AUGCUCGGAGACAGCACAAGCGAAGCAGCGUUGGAAGGUCGCUGCAUCGAGUUCGGCGAGCCUCUUGCCAGGGACAGAACUUCGCCGAACGCCACCAGCUUUAUUUGGCGGCCCAUUCCCCCUUCGGCUCUGUUUGAAAGCCUCGCCAUUGUUCACCUGCCCGCGAUGAGCGUCAUGUCCAUGAGCGACGACGCCUCGGUCUCGUCGCCUCGCCAUGGUGGUCUAGGAAUCCUCGGGCCUCCGGCGCCGGCGCCGCCACCCAGAGGCUUUGCCAAGCUGGAGACCAAGGCGCAGGCCAUCGCCCGAAGCGUGAAGACGCUCGCCGCCACGCUCAAUUCCGCGCCCGUAACGCUAGCCGCCGUGUCGAGAGAGUGUAGUCUGAUUGCCGACAGUGUUGCGCAGGCCGGCCGCCUGCCCCACGCCGUGCCCGGGAUCGAGGAGCUGGUGUGGCCUCUGUCGAAUUUGUUGUCUCAGCUCCAAAGCUUGAUUGACCGUAUCCCCUAUUCCGAAGCGGACGACAGCCAGCUUGUCAUUAUCUACAACGAGGACGCUAUCAAGAAAGCGCUAGGUAGCCUCAAGGCGAUUGGGACAUCGCUAAAUUCUUUUGAUAAGGACACCACUGCCAUUAGUGUCAAGGAGCGGCAGCUCUGCCAGCUUCUUCACCUCGCCAUUGACAAGAAGAAAUGUCCAGCCGUGGCGGAACUACUUCAGCAAGGAGCAGACCCCAACCUGCGCCGGGCUGGCUCUCCUCUCCUGCCCCUGCACCGCGCCAUCAACCUCGGAGACGAAGACAUGGCCUCGACGUUGGCGACUGCGGGUGCCAGCGUGAAUACGCCAGACGACGACGACCAUGGGCGAUCAGCCUUGAACAAGGCCCUUGUACGCGGCUUUUCGGGCAAGUUUGUUUCCUUGGUGCUCGAGUUGGGAGCAAAAAUCGACGCGACGGACGACAGCGGCUCCUCGGUACUUCACCUUGCCGCUUUGCUAAACCGAGAGGAUGAUACCAUCGGGACCCUCAUACUUGCCGGGGCGGAUGUGAAUGCAAGAGACAAGCAAGGCUUCACUCCCCUAGCAACGGCAGUCUCCAAGAGUCGAUAUACCUCGGCAAGGCAACUUCUCGAGUACGGUUCGGACCUGGAGACCAAGCUCCCCGGCGAAAAACCAAUCUUACAUCUCGCGAUCCAAGAGCGCGACCAGGCAUUGUGCGAUUUACUCGUAGAGUGGGAGGCCAACUUGGAGGAGGAAUACCACGACCAUACGCCGCUAACAUUCGCCAUCACCAUGGCCUGCUUCGAUAUCGCCCAUAGCUUGAUCAACGCCGGCGCAGAUAUCAACAAACGCAGCGGGAACGGGAAUUUUCCGCUGCUCUCCGCCAUCUCGGCCGAACACGUUGCACUAACGAAUCAGCUCCUAUCUCUUGAAGCCUCCGUCAACGUGGAGGGGCGCGAGGCCGUGAAGCUUCGGAAUAAAGAGACAAUCGACUUCCUCAUCGACGUCGGCGCGGACCUCAACCACCGCAUCAAUCCCAAGGAGACGAUGCUCUCCAUCGCCGUGGAGGCCUGCAACAAGGCAAUCACGCAGACCCUCAUCAACGCAGGCGCGGACACGACAGCGCUGCUCAUAGACGACGACGGGCACGAGACCACGCCGUUCCACGUCGCCGCCGAGUACGGCCUCAACGACAUCCUCCGGCUCAUGGCGGACUCGGGCGCCAACCUAGAGUCCACGGUCUGGCCAGGCUACACGCCGCUCUUUUCGGCUGUGCGAGCGGGCAAUCUUCCGACGGUCAAGACGCUCGUCAGGAGCGGCGCGAGCACGCAAGCGAGGUCGCUUGCUGGAGAGACGGUCCUCUUCGUCGCGACGGCCAACGUCCCCAUGCUCAAGUAUCUGCUGGAGCUGGGCAUCAACGUCAACCACAGGGACCACUACGGAGCCACGGCUCUCCACCACGCGGGCAGCCACGGGCGGAUAGCGUCGGCCAAGGUCCUGCUACAAGCCGGUGCCAGGUCUCUCCACGCCAACGUCGUGUACGACUCGCUCGAGGACUUUCGCGUCGGCUCGAGGUAUAGGCAGGGGACGCCGGCAGGCAUCGCGAGGCAAAGGGCCACAAGAAGGUGGCGGAUGUCAUUGAUCGGUGGAAGGCUAAGCGAUGAUGCGUCCUCAGCCUAG